GGAAAUCAAGCACUUUCAAUUCCAUGCAUAUAAAUAGGGGGGAUUUUAGGUAAUCUCAAACGCGACCACUCCCUAUAUCUGCAUAUAUUAAUAAUGUUUAUAUUGUCCUUUUGGUAAUACCUUUCUAGCAGUUCCUCUCAAGAUGACAUUGUCCAAUGGUGUCACCAUGCUCCUCCCAGAAGCACACAUUGAAUCCGUCCAGUCUGUAAUGCCCUUCAAGAUCACCGAUCCGCGGCCGGCACGCCAAGUGUCGGCUGCAGACCCCGUCGGUUUGGGAAUAUUCCAACAGUGCCUGCACAUAGUUCUCUACUACACAAAAGCAACCGAAGAGGACUCACGUUGGCUCCAUGCUGGUUGGAUCAAGGAAUCACUUUCGAGGGCGUUGCUGGAGCAACCGCUAUUUGCUGGCCGUUUACGCACGAGUGAUGGGGGAGAGUUGGAGAUUGUGGCAAAUGACAGCGGCGUUAGACUCGUCGAAACUCGUACUCCGAUGACCAUGGCUGAGUUUCUGUCUUACAAGGACAGCAUGGAGGAUACAGAAGAUAAACUUGUGUUUUGGAAAACUAUUGAUGAACGAAGUCCUCAGUACUCUCCUCUCUUUUAUGUUCAGGUGACAUAUUUUCAGUGUGGAGGGAGAUCAGUAGGAAUUAGCUGCAGUAUUCUUCUAGCAGAUCUUUUGUUCAAAGACAAUUUUCUCAAGAAAUGGGCUAACAUCCACCACAAUCUGCUUUCAGACGAGAGUCUACCUGCGACACCCUUUUAUAACUUCCCACAUGUUGAAAAAAGUGGAAAUUCCUGCAAGAAAAUAUUUGUCUCUAUUCCGAGCAAAAAAUGUGGCAAGACAAUGAUCUUCAAUGUUGCAGCUGAGAAGGCGGACUCGGAGAACGAUGAUGCAUUGCAACUUUGUGUUGAAGAAGCAGAGAGCAAGUUUGGUUUUGGGAAAUUGUUUGUGAAGAUCAACGUUUCAUCCUGCAGUGCAAUCAAGGUUGAGAAUUUUCAAAAAGAAGGACUUGCUAAGCCGAAACUGAGCCUAAUUGCUGAAGCGGAUUGGGAUUAUUUCGGGGCAAAGGAGGUCGAAUUUCAUGAAGGGAAUAAGCCGGCUACUGUUUCGUAUUGGUUUGGAUUCAUUUCUGGUGGACUUGUUAUGGCAGUGCCAUCAUCAGCUGAUCAGGAGGGUGCUUCAGUGAUUGUCACAGUUCCUAACUAGGAGGAUUAAUUCCUAGUUAGUCCUGAAUAUCAUACAUUCUGUUAUGUUUCUGUUUCAAUCUCAUUAAUGUAUCUCUUUGAUUUGAUUGAUCAGAAUUGAUGGAAAUGAAUAAAUGUGGACAUGUGUUGCUUAAACAAA